AUGGCAGUGGAGCAGGGGCCUCAAGACCGAUCCCUGUGGAACCCCAUAUGGCAGUUGAGCAGGGGCCCUAAGACAGACCCCCGUGGAACCCCAUAUGGCAGUGGAGCAGGGGCCCUAAAAUCGACCCCUGUGGAACCCCAUACGUGGAGCAGGGGCCUUAAGACCGACCCCUGUGGAACCCCAUACGGCAGUGGAGCAGGGGCCCUAAGACAGACCCCUGUGGAACCCCAUACGUGGAGCAGGGGUCCUAAGACCGACCCCUGUGGAACCCCAUACGGCAGUGGAGCAGGGGCCUUGAGACAGACCCCUGUGGAACCCCAUAUGGCAUGGAGCAGGGGCCCUAAAAUCGACCCCUGUGGAACCCCAUACGGCAGCGGAGCAGGGGCCCUAAGACAGACCCCUGUGGAACCCCAUACGGCAGUGGAGCAGGGCCCUGAGAUCGACCCCUGUGGAACCCCAUAUGGCAGCGGAGCAGGGGCCCUAAAAUUUACCCCUGUGGGACCCCAUACGGCAGUGGAGCAGAGCUGGAUUCUGAAGUUCCAAGGCUCACACUCAUGCUGCUCCUUGACAACUAAAGAUGUUCUAGUCUGCGUUGUUGAAACAGUCCUGGAGCUGAGGGACAGCAUCCUCACUCCACAAUCACAAGUCAACAACAUCAAAAACAUCCCUGUCUCUGUAGGUUCGACGACAGGACGACACUCCUUGUGGGCGCUGGCCACCUACAUCUCAGGGUCAACGCCGUUUCCAGAGUUCAGUGGGGUCCUGAUGUUGGACGACAUUCAGGUGGGCUACUUCGACUCGGUGACGGACCGAUUCAGGGAAAACGGUGAGGAGGGAGCAGAGCUGGACCUGGGUCAGCAGGCCGGGUACAUACAGCAGGAAAUGUUCUGUAACAUGAAGAAGCGGCUGGCGCUGGUCAAACAGCGUUUCAAUCUGACGGCGGGGGUCCACGUCCAGCAGAGGCUGACAGGCUGCGAGGUGCUGCAGGAUGGUCAGCCGGCACUCAUCAUGUUCAGAGAUGGCUCCAACGGACAAGACGCCGACAGCCUGAUGUACAACAUGACACACUUCACCUACGCCAGCGGUGACAGCUGGGAGAUCCAGUGGGACACUAUGGAGCAGACAUACAUUCGGACACUCUACUCCAACAUCUACCUGCCCUUCUGUGUACGGACACUUAAACACCUCCUGGACCAAAACAAACGUCUGGUGAAACGUCGGGUUCAACCUCGAGUCCGCUUCAUAACGAAGCCGUUGUCAGGCGGAGCUCGGGUCACCUGUCUGGCCACAGACUUCUACCCUCGCCACAUCAACCUGACGCUACUGCGGGACGGCCAGCCAGUGGACGAGGACCAGCUGACGGGCGGUGAGGUGCUGCCCAACGGCAACGGCCUCUAUCAGGUGAGGAAGACGUUGACCGUCACGGACGAAGAGCUUCAGCGGAAACACAGCUACACCUGCACCACCGCUCACCUGAGCUUGGACAACCGGCUGGAGGUGAGCUGGAGGGCGGAGUUCUCCCGUUCUCACAGGGUUCACAUCAUCUCCGCCCCCGCCAGCCUGGCUAUCGCUGCCGUCCUGCUGCUGCUGCUGCUGUGGUGGAGGAAGAGGAGACGCACACUGCGGUCAGAGGGAAUCGCCGUGGAAACACAGGAGCAGCCAGGAGAAGAGUAA